GCAGUUGACCUUGUUCUAGGUUCAACUAAUUUCUCCCCUUUACAUCAAUCAAAUUCAUCAACCACACAUCCCUAACCCGUACUCGUCCAAACACGGCGUACAAAUUCAAAGAAUUUGCCAACCUGUGAUUGCGGCGUACAUCUUCCCUACAUUACACCACCUCAAUAAUUUGACUACUGCCUAGCUUUUUUUUUCCUCUUUGCAAAAACAGUUUUUAUCUACCGCGGACUACUAAGUCCCCAAUCAGAUAUCAACACCCUCGUUUGCGAAUCAAUCACACAUCGCAAUUCCUGCGGCAACAUCAGCAAAAAUGGCGGAACCGAUUAAGAAUCGACGUGCAGAGGUUCCUGCUCCUACUCCGCAAAAUACGCCUGCUAGCAAUGCCCCGAUCUCUUCCCAUGCCCAACAACCGGGCGUCGCUAGUAUCAAGGAAGAGGAUCUGGAUCGCGCUGCUGCCGCGUCUAUCUUUGCCCAGAACCCCAAGCUGGUUCAGAUGAUUCAAGGCCGACUUGGCUCUCUAGUUGGUCGAUCAUCAGGUUACAUCGAGUCCCUUCCCGCCGUCGUUCGUCGCCGUGUUGCUGGCCUAAAGGGUAUCCAAAAAGACCACUCGAAGCUUGAGGCCGAGUUCCAGGAGGAGGUUCUCCAGCUAGAGAAGAAGUAUUUCGCCAAGUUCACACCCCUCUACCAGCAGCGUGCCGCGAUCGUCAACGGUAGCGAGGAACCUAGUGAGGAGCAGGUCAAGGCUGGUGAGGAAGAGAACGAGGAAGAGGAUGAGACUAAGGCUGAGAAGGAUGACAAGCCGGCUUCUGACAACGCCGAGCUCGUUAAGGGUAUUCCUGAAUUCUGGCUGUCUGCCAUGAAGAACCAGAUCUCACUCGCUGAGAUGAUCACUGACCGCGAUGAGGCUGCUCUCCGCUACCUCACCGACAUCCGAAUGGAGUACCUGGACAAGCCUGGAUUCCGCUUGAUCUUCGAGUUCGCCGAGAACGACUUCUUCACCAAUAAGACAGUCACCAAGACGUAUUUCUACCAGAACGAAAGCGGCUAUGGCGGUGAUUUCAUCUACGACCACGCUGAAGGUGAUAAGAUCAACUGGAAGGAAGGCAAGGAUCUCACUGUUCGCAUCGAGAGCAAGAAGCAGCGAAACAAGAACACCAAGCAAACCCGCAUUGUCAAGAAGACUGUCCCCACCGAGUCGUUUUUCAACUUCUUCUCGCCCCCCAAGGCACCCACCGAUGACGACGAUGAUGCCGCUUCUGACAUCGAGGAGCGCCUAGAGUUAGAUUACCAACUCGGUGAAGACAUCAAGGAGAAGUUGAUUCCUCGAGCCAUCGACUGGUUUACUGGUGAGGCCUUGGCCUUUGAGGAGCUUGACGACCUUGAGGAGGAGCAAUUUGAUGAAGACGAUGACGAUGAGGAUGAUGACCUAAGUGAGGAUCGCGAUGACGAAGAGGAGGAGUCCGAUGACGAUGACGAUGGCGCGAAGCCGAAGCAAGAGGCGCAAGAAUGCAAGCAAAGUUAAAUCUUGUCCUUUUCCUGCUAACGAUUUCUACUCCUACUUAAUUCACGUCACUGGUCCUACUAAGAAGAGGAGGUAGGGAUGAGUAAUGACAGUCUCGUCCGUUGAAAACACCCCUCUAUCGUUCUUAUCGACGAGGACAAAUUUAAUCUU